AAUCCAGAUGGGAUCAAGAUGUUAGCUCAAUCCGGCGCUAUUUCAUCCAUGGGGUUUCUCUGCAUUUUGGCCUAUGAAUAAUAGCCCAUUCACCCCAAAGGUUUCCUUUUUAUUGGAAUAAGCCAUUUAUGCUAAUGAAAAAAAGAGCAAAGUCUGGUCCGUGCUUUUGGUUGGUCAGUGUGUCCAUGGUCUUCUCUGGAAGACCACAGCCUCUUUCUCCAAGGUUUCAUUUUUCUCUUCAUUCCCCGCGUUUAUCUUCAUUAUUUUUUUGCAGCACCCAUUUUCAACCGGACUGUCUUUACUACGACAGCAGCAGCCAGUAUCGACGUGCAAGCAUCUGUAUCUUCCUCCACCUGGACAUCCCUCAAACAGAAACAGAUGUUCCCAGGACUCGCGCGUCUUCAAUGGGCACAACAGUACACGUCAACCUGCCGAGAAACAGCCUGGUUUCUUUUCUUCACAAGCAUAGUCUCGCUCUCGGUGGCAAGAUGCUACUGCGUAAUAGUCUGGACGCCGAGGAAAACUACCCUGGAGGACGCGGCGAGAUGAACUCUCAGACCGUGCUUCCUGGAAAAUGCAAGAUCGUCAACUGCUUAAUAUUUCUGCUCUCAACGUGUCUACAUGCAGUGGUUUCAACCUCUCUUGUCAUCUUGACGCUAUUGGCCUCCUUUCUUGCGAGUUACGAGAUUGAGUCAGAAAAUACAAAAUGAUAAACGCUUUGCAAGCCAACAAGACGGCUGUGGCGGCCAUAUUUUCUUUGGGAGCGUGUAGGCCGGCCCCUGUAUUGGGACCUGUUCGUCCAUUACUAGGGUCACGCGAGUGGGAUCUCGAUUGAUGAAGGCUGUGUCCACAUGCGAGAGGAUUUAGGAGUCGCGCCGUUAGA